AGAAUGUCUGGACGUGGUAAGGGGGGGAAAGGUUUGGGGAAAGGGGGCGCCAAGCGCCACCGCAAAGUUUUGCGCGAUAAUAUCCAGGGCAUCACCAAGCCCGCCAUCCGCCGCCUGGCCCGGCGUGGAGGUGUCAAGCGCAUCUCUGGUCUCAUCUACGAGGAGACCCGUGGGGUGCUGAAGGUGUUCUUGGAGAACGUGAUCCGGGACGCCGUCACUUACACCGAGCACGCCAAGCGCAAGACGGUCACGGCCAUGGACGUAGUGUACGCGCUCAAGCGCCAAGGACGCACCCUCUACGGCUUCGGCGGCUAA